UUGAGUGAGGUUCUUACAACUUUUUUUUUUUGCUAUGCAAUAUCGCAUUCCAUUGUGAUCCAGUUUCAGUACUUUGUCUCAAGUGUUUGACAUUUUAUAAAACAGAAAAAAAUGUCUCGAGGAAGCAGCUUGUCACCGAUGCCCAGCUCUCUGCAGCAUCGGCCUGGUCCUUCCAAUUCUGUUAAAGCAAAAGGAUUUAAAGAUAUCCGUAUUGAUGAAGAAGUAAAAAUAGCAGUCAAUAUAGCCCUGGAGAGGUUCCGAUAUAGUGAUCAAAAAGAAAUGGACUUUCCUUCAUCUUUGACCAGCACAGAGAGAGCCUUUAUACACCGCCUGUCCCAGUCACUUGGAUUGAUAUCAAAAAGCAAGGGGAAAGGCACAAACCGAUACUUAACAAUAAGGAAAAAGGAUGGCUCUGAAUCGGCAAGUGCACUGAUGUCUUGUAGCCUUAGUCACAACACAAAGCAUGUAGUGAGGAGCCUUAUACAUAGAUUUCCUGUUACUAACAAGGAACGAACAGAGCUCCUUCCCAAGACAGAGAGAGGAAAUGUUUUUGCAGUGGAAGCAGAGAACCGUGAAAUGAGCAGGACUAGCGGCCGUCUGAAUAACGGUAUACCACAAGUUCCAGUAAAAAGAGGAGAAUCUGAAUUGGACUCCUUCCGACAAUCUUUGCCAGUAUUUGAGAAGCAGGAGGCCAUUGUGGGCGUUAUCAAGGAUAAUAAAGUAGUUUUGGUUAUUGGAGAGACAGGAUCAGGAAAGACCACACAAAUACCUCAGUUCCUUCUUGAUGACUGCAGCAAAAAUAGCACCCCGUGCCGCAUUUUCUGUACCCAGCCACGACGCCUUGCGGCUAUAGCUGUUGCAGAAAGGGUUGCCGCUGAAAGGGGAGAAAAAAUUGGUCAGACUGUUGGUUAUCAAAUCCGUCUAGAAAGCCGGGUUUCUCCAAAGACUCUUCUCACCUUUUGCACAAACGGGGUUCUAUUGCGCACUCUGAUGGCAGGAGACGGCACUCUGUCAACAGUGACCCAUGUUAUUGUGGAUGAAGUCCAUGAGAGAGACAGAUUCAGCGACUUCCUUCUAACUAAGCUGAGAGACGUCAUACAGAAGCAUCCAACUCUGAAGCUCAUACUCUCAAGUGCUGCCUUAGACGUUAACUUGUUUCUACAAUAUUUUGGAGGUUGUCCUGUUAUUCAUAUACAGGGGAGACCUUUUGAAGUAAAAGAAAUGUUUUUAGAAGACAUAUUAAAUAACAUGGGGUACACAAAUAAGGAGAUGCUCAAAUACAAGAAGGAAAUGCAAUGUGAGGAGAAGCAGAAGACGACACUAACAGAGUGGUAUUCUGCUAAAGAAAAUAACACGAAGACUGAAACUCUGCGAAAAUGCAGCGUUCCUAACGUACCUGAGGAGUACGACUUCUUAGAUGAUGGUGGAGACACUGUGUUCAGUCAGCUGACUGAGAAAGAUGUGACUUCCCUAGAGCCCUGGUUGAUAAAAGAAAUGGAUGCUUGCCUCUCAGAUAUCUGGCUGAACACAGAUGCAGAUACAUUUGCCCAACUCUUCCAUCUGAUAAUGACAGAAAAUGUUAGUGUUGACUAUCAACACAGUGAUACAAGUGCCACCCCUUUAAUGGUGGCAGCAGGACGAGGAUUUCUGAGUCAAGUAGAGCAACUUAUUAGCAUGGGAGCCAAUGUCCACAUUAAAGCCUCUAAUGGAUGGAUGGCUUUAGACUGGGCUAAACACUUUGGACAAAGUGAGGUUGUCGAUGUGCUGGAGUCUUACAGUGCCUCGCUAGAGUAUGGAAACCUGGAUGAAAGCACACUGAUACAGACUGACAGUAGCAACCUUAGCAACGAAGACCGGGAGCUUCUGAAAGCUUAUCAUCACAGUUUUGAUGAUGAAAAAGUGGAUCUUGAUUUGAUUAUGCACAUUAUUUAUAAUAUUUGUCAGAGAAAUGAUUCAGGAGCCAUUCUAAUCUUUCUUCCUGGGUAUGAUGAAAUUGUCGGUUUGAGGGACCGCAUCUUGUUUGAUGACAAAAGAUUUGCUGAUAAUUCUCAUAGGUUUCAAGUAUUUAUGUUACAUUCAAACAUGCAAACCUCAGACCAGAAAAAAGUGCUGAAAACACCGCCAUUAGGUAUUCGUAAAGUGAUACUUUCAACUAAUAUAGCAGAAACCAGCAUCACUGUAAAUGAUGUAGUAUUUGUAAUCGACUCUGGUAAAGUGAAGGAGAAAUCUUUUGAUGCUUUGAACCAUGUCACUAUGCUUAAAAUGGUGUGGAUUUCUAAAGCAAGUGCACUUCAAAGGAAAGGAAGAGCUGGUCGCUGCAGACCAGGGAUCUGUUUCCGCCUAUUUAGCAGACUUCGUUUUCAGAACAUGUUAGAAUUUCAAACGCCAGAAUUAUUGAGAAUGCCUCUUCAUGAGCUUUGCCUGCAUGCAAAACUGUUGGCACCAAUAAACUGCCCCAUUGCUGAUUUCCUAGUGAAGGCUCCAGAACCACCUCCAGCCUUAAUUGUAAAAAAUGCUGUGCAGAUGCUCAAGACUAUUGAUGCAAUGGACACAUGGGAAGAUCUUACAGAACUUGGCUAUCAUUUGGCUGACUUGCCUGUAGAACCUCAUCUUGGCAAAAUGGUGCUGUGUGCUGUAGUCCUCAAGUGCCUUGAUCCAAUUCUAACAAUAGCUUGCACUUUGGCCUAUCGAGAUCCAUUUGUCUUGCCUUCUCAGGCAUCCCAGAAACGUGCCGCCAUGUUGUGCAGAAAGCGCUUCACAGCGGGGACAUUUAGUGAUCACAUGGCCUUUUUAAGAGCAUUUCAGGCCUGGCAGAAAGCUCGGAGUGAUGGAUGGGAAAGAGCAUUUUGUGAGAAGAAUUUUCUUUCCCAGGCUACAAUGGAAAUAAUUAUUGGAAUGAGAACACAGUUACUUGGUCAACUCCGUGCUUCAGGUUUUGUUAGGGCCCGUGGUUGUGGAGAUAUUCGGGAUGUGAAUACAAACUCUGAAAACUGGGCUGUGGUGAAAGCAGCUUUAGUAGCUGGCAUGUAUCCUAACCUGAUUCAUAUUGAUAGACAAACUAUGGUGCUUACUGGACCAAAGGAAAAGCGUGUACGAUUUCACCCUACCUCUGUGCUCAGCCAGUCACAAUACAAAAAGAUCCCCCCAGCAAAUGGUCAAGUAGCAGCAAUUCAGUCGUUGCCCACAGACUGGAUGAUUUAUGAUGAAAUGACCCGCGCACAUAGAAUUGCUAAUAUCAGAUGCUGCACAGUGGUCACUUCUGUUGCUACUGUGAUUUUCUCAGGACCAGCAAGACUGCCAAGUAGUGCCUUGCAAGAACCAUCAUCAUUCCGAGUAGAGGACGGUAUGCCUAACGAUAGCAGUGACAGCGAGAUGGAGGAUAGAAGCACCGCUACCUUGGCAGCACUGAAGCUAGAUGAGUGGCUAAACUUUAAGCUUGAACCUGAGGCUGCUGGUCUCCUCCUGCAACUUAGGCAGAAGUGGAACAGUUUGUUUUUGAGAAGAAUGAGGGCUCCUUCAAAACCAUGGUCUCAAGUUGAUGAAGCCACCAUAAGAACGAUUAUUGCUGUGCUGAGUACUGAGGAACAAUGUGCAGGUUUACAGCAGCCUUCUGGAAUUGGACAAAGACCAAAGCCUAUGUCUUCUGAAGAACUUACAGUGAGUUCUUCAUGGAGGUCAAAUAAUAAUCGCAAAAGCUCAACAGAAGCAGAAUUCACAGAUGAUCCCACCAAUUCAGAAAGAAAGGUAUCAAAGGCUUCCUCUCCAGGUUUUUAUCAACAAACAAAACAGAGAGAGAGAGGCAUUUUUCACCCUAAACACCCUGAAGAUAGAACAGAUCAAUCGCCAGUGAAGUCGUCCGAGAACAGUAGCUAUGCAAGCCCUUGUACAAGUCCUUCUCCCCCAUGCUCUGCAAAGGGCUCAAAACCACCCUCCCCAAGACCAAAUACACCCAUCCGUUAUUUUAUAAUGAAGAGCAGCAACUUGAGAAAUCUUGAAAUAUCUCAACAGAAAGGAAUAUGGUCAACAACACCAAGCAAUGAGCGUAAGCUGAACCGAGCGUUUUGGGAGAGCAGCACUGUGUACUUGGUGUUUUCUGUCCAAGGGUCUGGACACUUUCAGGGCAUUGCAAAAAUGUGCUCAGAAAUUGGGCGAGAGAGAAGUCAGGAUUGGGGUUCUACAAGCCUUGGAGGACUGUUUAAGGUUGAGUGGAUCAGGAAAGAAAGUCUUCCUUUUCAGCAUGCACAUUUCCUGCUCAACCCCUGGAAUGAAAAUAAAAAAGUACAAAUAAGCCGUGACGGACAGGAAUUAGAACCUCAAGUUGGAGAACAGUUGCUAUUGCUUUGGGACAGGGUUCCUUUGGGAGAAAAAAAGCCACUGAUGCAUAACGCAUACGAGCUGACUUCCAUAUGAUUUCGAUCCUGAAGUCUUGGAAAAGUGUUAACGUUUAAGAGUGAAUGAAACCCUUCUCCAAAAGAAGAGACCGCUAAUACAUUUCAAAUAAAUUUAUGGACAUUGUUUAGAUGCAGCAAAUACUAGACAUGAAUUCUGACAGUAAGAGACUUCUGUGCAGAUAUUUUCUGUUUUUGGUUGAAUAAAGUCACCUUUUUUUUUUACUGUAGAA